CUUCUUCCGGCACCCAGCCAUGAACCAGCAGCCAUCCCUCCUCUCUCCAGUAUUGUUGGCAGACAGAUGAAGAGCAAUCCCGGGUCUCCUUGAGCUCCGGCUGCCCUUGGAUCAUAUUGCCUUCCAUCGUUUCAUAUUGCGUAGGUUCCCAAUAGCCCUCCUCCACUUCCACAUCUCCAUUAAUCUAUUCAUCUUAUCUUCCUUCCCCCCAGAACAUCUACGCUCCUGAUUGAUCUUGAAGACUGCGGGAGGAGAGACGAUGGUGAGGGAGAAGAUCCAGAUAAAGAAGAUAGACAACACGGCGGCGAGGCAAGUCACCUUCUCGAAGCGGCGGAGGGGCCUGUUCAAGAAGGCAGCCGAGCUGUCGGUCCUCUGCGAUGCCGACGUCGCGCUCAUCGUCUUCUCCUCCACCGGUAAACUCUUCGAGUUCUGCAGCUCCAGCAUGAAGAAGAUCCUUGACAAGCAUAGCACACACUCCAAGAAUCUAGAGAAACAAGAUCAGCUCUCCCUCGACUUAAAUUUGGACAACAAGCAUGUAAGUCUAAAGAAACAAGUUGCAGAAGCAAGCCUCCAACUAAGGCAGAUGAGAGGGGAGGCACUUGAAAGUCUGACACUGGAGGAGCUUCAGCAGCUGGAGAAAACCCUUGAAACAGGAUUAGAUCGUGUGGUCGACAGAAAGGGUACACAGAUCAUGCAACAGAUUAGUACUCUUCAACAAAAGGCAUUGCAGCUGGCUGAAGAAAAUGUGAGGCUAAGACAACGUGCGAUGGAGAUGCCCAACCUGGGGAAGCACAUCAUGGCUGAGAAAGAGAAUGUUGUCAACGAAGAUGGACAAUCCUCUGAAUCCGUCACCAAUGCUCUACACCCAGGAGGGCCUCAGGAAUGUGAUGACAGUUCUGUCACAUCUCUCAAACUCGGGCUUCCUUACUGCUAGAUGAAACCAUGAACAGCUAGUGUUGGAAGAGGAGGCUAUGCAGCUGAGGAGAAAACUUGCAGCCAUCACCAGCUGUGGAAUCUUAAUUGUAAAGUAAUGCAGGUAUAUUAUGUAUGAAGCUGGUCCAGUUGUAGUAAGAGGAUUGCAGUAUGUAAUAGUUUAGAUGCUUAUGAACCAGCAUGUGUGGUAUGUGAACCAGUGAACAUUGUUCUUUCUGCUACUACUGUCUGCCACCACCUUGGGACUUGAAGGAUGAUACAUAUUAUUGCUAUAUGGCCAAUGAUUUGGAGGUUUAAGGAAUGAUUCCCCUA